UUCGCUUUAUAUGGAACGCCAGUGCGGCAAACCUACUCGCUGUACUUACAACCGCCGCCGCAGCCUUUUUCCCAAUCGGCGCUAGUUUUCGAUCCGCCGCCGUCGGCCGGAGCGAAGCCAAGCCCGCGCGACCAGGUGGCUGCUGCUGUGUAACGACGCUAGCUAGCUUAGCUGCGGUACGUUUACACAUAGGUCCGUCCGUGUGCGGCUGCCACCAUGGAAGGAAACGGCUGCGGCGGAAGCGGGGCGACACCACGUGGUGUCGUUGGGAUGCACUGGGCUCCCGUCGUCACCUCGCCGCCUAGCCCGCAGCCGCCGUUCCUCCCGCCGGCGCCAUGCAGGCCCGACGUCCAGAUGCAACAGCAAGGCGGGCUGACCUGCCUCAAGCUCGGGAAGCGGCCGUGCUUCUGGGGUGGCGACGGCGCCGGCCAGGUGGCGCAGGGGAGCGGCGGCGGCGGAGGCGGAGGCGGUGGUGGUUCCGCGGAUCAGGGGAAGAGGAAGGAGAAGGCGGCGACGGCGGUGCCGGUGGUGCCCCGUUGCCAGGUGGAGGGGUGCGACAUUACGCUCCAGGGAGUCAAGGAGUACCACCGGCGGCACAAGGUGUGCGAGGUGCACGCCAAGGCCCCGAGGGUCGUCGUGCACGGCACCGAGCAGCGCUUCUGCCAGCAAUGCAGCCGGUUCCACGUGCUCGCGGAGUUUGACGACGCCAAGAAGAGCUGCCGGCGGCGGCUGGCCGGGCACAACGAGAGGCGGCGGAGGAGCAACGCCAGCGAGGCCAUGGCCAGGGGCUCUGCGCACCCACACGGUAUGCCGGUGCUGGGACACGGUUUCCCGCCGUACGGCCUGCCGACGUCGUCGGCUGGUGCUCUCUCUCUUCUGUCAUCGGCUAGAGCCACCGGCCCAUGGCUGAUGCCGACGCCCGACAUCUCCGCCCGCUCAAGCGCGGCGCUCGACGAGCUCAUCGCCGAGAACCGCGCGGCCCUCCUCUCGUGGCAAUUCUUCUCCGACCGACAGCCGCCACCAGCUGGCCGUCCAACGGGCCGCAGCCCGGGCUCCGAAACGGCCGGUGGCUGGCACGCGCACCUGCAGGCGCGGCCGCCACCGCCCGGCGCCGGAGGGCAGCACGAGAAUCAGUCGGGGCACGUGACGCUCGACCUCAUGCAGGCCACCACCGCGGCAGGAGGCAGCGGCGCGCCGUUCCGGCCCGUGCCAGCGAGGCCCCCCAAGGAGGGCGGCGACGCCGGCUGCACCUCCGACGCGUGGACGCCGUCGCCCAUGGAGGGCGCCCGCGUGGUCUGAGUGUCCGACCUGCCAGCCGCGACGUCGCCGCGCGUGCACCACGGUCCCUAGCUCCCGUGUCAGCUGGGCGUGGGAAGCGAUCGAUCAGUGGUGGGCGCGCGCGCACGGCUGGAGCUCUGUCCCGACGCCGCGCGCAGCCGUGCAAUCAACUUGAGUUCGUUGGACAAUAGUGUCUCGUCUCGUAGCAAUCUAUCCCGAUGUAGCAGUACUGGUGCAGUGGUGGUGGUGGUGCCACUAGCUAGCAAUGUUCUAUUUUUUCGCUCUGCUUUUCUGA